UAUUGGGACAGUCCCAGACGGUAUUGAACACGCCUCCCGCAACCUCUGAUAGGAUCGGCGUUGCAAAUCAUCCCAAUAACCCGUCAACUAAUGCAGCUUUUUCCCUUUCCAAGACGCUCAAAGACUCACAUACGUAGCUAAUACACCGACCUAACGCGAAAAGCCAACAAGCGGAGGAGUGUAUGUUUGUUUUAGAGCCGUGGACUAUUCAAAAGCUUGGACCUGGGGCGAAGUUUGAAGGCUGCAGGAGGAAUUCCUGGUGUCAUCGUGUUGUUGUCCAAUCAGAGACCUGCAUGUGUGAAGCCGCGGCCAGCAAUGGAACCCUGGCCUGCAGUGGCCUGGGUCCUACUGCUGAUGGUCCUCGCUGAUUGGCUGAAAAUGGCCCAAUCAAAGGACUUCACAGAACAGGAUAUCAUCUACCUCCAUCCCUCAACUACUCCAUUCCCAGGCGGGUUCAAGUGCUUCACCUGUGAAGAAGCACCUGACAACUAUGAGUGUAAUCGCUGGGCGCCAGACCUGUACUGCCCACAAGAGGCUAGAUACUGUUACACGCGGCACAAGAUGGACAUGGAGGGGGACAGUGUCUCUGUGACAAAGAGGUGUGUGGCUUUGGGAGACUGCCUCUCUACUGGAUGCUCUGAAGAAGACCAUGAAGGAACCAGGGUUUGCACAGCGUGCUGUGAGGGGAAUAUCUGUAACCUUCCUCUACCCUGGAACGUGACGGAGGCUGUGUUCGCCACCACCUCACCCCUCAGCGGCACCACAGGGCUCUCACAGUGCUACACACUAACCUCCAGCCUGCUCUACUUCACCCUGCUCAUCUCCAGCUAUGUCUGACCAGUGGAGAGAAAGACUGAUAUAAGGUCUGAUACGACUAGAUGGACUCAAUAUACACCCUAUGGAGAUAGGGCUCACUGCAGGUUUUGGACAAUUUAUUUCCCUUUUAAUUCAAUAGGAAACCAGUUUGGAUUAUCUUUCAUCUUUAUGCAGGGCCUCAAUAAAACAAGCACUUAGAGCUCGACACUGCUUCUGAAACAGGCAAUAUGGCUGUCAAUCUUGAAGGAUCAAUCAUACUAAAUAUCACAGUAUGACAUUGCAUCAUUCUCCCCUACUAGUCUUCUGCACAGGGACGGAAGGAGGGGGAACUGUGGCGUGUUUGGACUCGUCAGUAGGUUAUAGGCCAUUGUAAAAGCUGCAAUAUUUUCCAGUGAUAAGGAAGAAUAACAGACAGACAGCAGCUUCUGUGAGGAUUAGUCUGCUUGAACCUUUUUCUGCUUUUAUGUUUUCACAUUUGUGAGUCAGUUCCCCAUGUUGUAUGUUUGACACAUUAUGUACAUAUACAUAGUAUUUAUUUUUUUAAAGAACAUGGUUGUUAGACAGUGAAUAUGUAUGUGUGAAAUGUUAGCAUUUAGGUAAAGUGGAACAGAUAACAUAGGCACUGCUCAUGCUUUUAUGUGUAGUAUGUGGAAAGUAUUUUUAACAACAGAAAGAGAGCCUGGUGCCCAUCAAACAAACGUAUAACGCUUUGCAUGAGGUGGUGUUUCUGUUGUGGAAAAACUAUUUCCUCAAACCUUAAAAAGGAUUAAAGUUAAUUACAGGUCUAUUUUGGCUUAGCAUUUUCCGAUGAUGAAAAAUAAAUCUGACUUUCCACACAGUACAGUAAGCUAUCCCCAUAGCACAGCACUUUGCUUGGGCUAGGCUUUGGGAGCUGUACUGUAAUUCUUGGACUUAUUGAGAGGCAACAAUGCAUGACACCAUUAUUUACUGAUACUACAUGACAUAUGCUCUUAACCAGAGCUCCUUACAGUAGUGAGUACAUACAUUUUCAUACUGGUCCCCCAUGGGAAUUGAACCCACAACCUUUGCGUUGCAAGCACCAUGCUCUACCAACUGAACCACACAGGAUGCGCUUCAGUAGUCUUUUACUCACCCCUGUUUUAAUGUUUUCCGUUCUCGUGACACAUACCUCUGGUGUUUAGACGGUGUUUUGUGACAUGUUUGUCAUCCAUCACUCUUUGUUGGCCGGUGUGACCGCCUGGCUGGCCGAGAAAAAUGCAGAGUUAGCAAAUACAGUGUUAUUGUUCUCCAGGCUUUUAUGAUUUGUUUAGGCUGACCGCCCGAGACAUAGAGGAGACCGGUCAUUUCAAAUGGUAUUUCAACCAAGGUGUGUACGCCUCCAUCUCUACUGUCUGUUCAGUAGCACUCCAGCCAAAUGGUAAGAGGAAAAGAGUGAAGCGUGAUUUACAGAUGUAGUCUGUAAAUUGAUCUACUGUAGUCUGCUCUGUUCACAUUUAAUAAAUUACAUUUCAUUUUA